UUCGCCAUAGCCGAAUCGAACACAGAGAACCCAUCGCUGUGUCCGAGCUCAUACAAAUCUCAGGUACUUCUAUUUCACUCUCUCCUAUUCAGCUUUCAUCCAUCAAAUCCUGUUUAUUACCGGGUCAGAUUCUCUACUUUUCAUUCAGUUUGACUACCCAAUUGGAAUUUAAGUCUAGGGUUGUACUGGGUUUUGAGAUUUUACACUCAAAAGCUUUCACCUUUAAUUUCUCCCAAACCCUAACCCUAACCCCAACCCCAUAUGCCCAAUUGACCCCAAACUCAUGGUUAGAGAGCAGACAGUGGAGUCCUUCUACUCAAGGCUCCGCCAAUCGGCGCUGGCCUCAUCUGGUAAUCCUCUGUUGAUAUUCCCAUCCACUUCAGAUGUGGACUCACUCUGUGCCCUCAAGAUCAUCCUCCAUGUUCUCGAAUCCGAUUCGGUCCGGUAUUCGUGUUAUCCGGUGUCUUCGUUUCAGGAGAUUCAUAGGUAUGCAGGGCCUGACCUGUGUUCUUCGUCGGAGAAUCCGAUUUCUAUUCUCUUGAUCAAUUGGGGGUGCCACAGGGACCUGAGGAGGCUGCUCAAAUUGUCCCCAUUGGCACGCGUUUUCGUGGUGGACAGCCACCGGCCGAUUCAUUUGCACAAUCUGAGUGAGCAGAACGAGCGCGUGGUCGUGCUGUAUACCGAGGAGGAUGAGAGGCAGGCCGAUUUGGCUUAUGAUAUUGAGGAUGUUUCGGCAUUGGCUAAUGCCAGUGACUUGAAUAGUGAUGAUGAGCUGGAGGAAGAGUUGGAUGGGGAUAGUGAUAGUGAGAGUGAGGAGGAUGGGGAUGGGGAUGGGGAGAGGUCGAGGAAGAAGAGGAGGGUAUCGGAGGAGGAAGGCCCGGUUAAGCUUUUUAAGAGGUUGAAGAAGAAGUAUUACCAUUUAGGUACUUUCCAUGGUAAGCCUUCGGGGUGUUUGAUGUAUGAUUUGUCACAUUCUUUGAGGAAGAACACGAAUGAGUUGCUUUGGUUGUCUUGUGUUUCCUUAACGGAUCAGUUUGUACACGAGAGGCUGACAGAUGAGAGGUACCAGGCUGCGGUUAUGGAGCUUGAGCAGCAUAUUAACAGUUCAGGGAGUUUGGAGGCAGUGACUUCGGUGACUCUCAAAGAUGGCACCAAGAUUCGGCUGCCCAGUUCGUCUAGAAUUGCAUACGAAGAUGAGCCGAGACUGAUGCUGUUGCAGGAAUGGAAUUUGUUCGAUUCCAUGAUUUGUUCGUCCUACAUUGCAACUAAAUUGAAGACGUGGAGUGACAACGGAAUGAAAAAGCUCCAGCUUCUAAUUGCAAGGAUGGGAAUAGCGCUGGUGGACUGCCAACAGAAGUUUCAGUUCAUGAAUGUUGAAGUGAAAAAGCGGAUGAGAGAUCAGUUUGAACAAUUUUUACCUGAGUAUGGACUCACUGAUUUCUAUUACCGGAGCUUUUUGCGGCUCCAUGGUUAUGGCUCUAGGGUAUCAGCAGCAGAUGUGGUCUAUGGAGUCACAGCUUUGCUUGAAUCGUUUGUAGAAUCAGAUGGUUCUUGUGCUGCCAAGCAGUUUGGAGAAGCUUAUGAUGCACUGUCAUUGAACAAUCUUGAUAAGCUGAAAGCUGGAAUGCAGAAAGCAAUUCGGGUACAAAGGGCAAUUGUUAGACAAGGAAGUAGAGCAGUCACGAAGAGUGGAUGUAUAAGAAGCGGAAGGAAAUUUCGGUGGGUGAAACUUGAAGAUUCUGUAGAUGGAAGGCUUUUGGGAUACCCCCAGGCAUUGACUAAAUUAUGCUAUUUUGUGAUGGAUGCUCUGAAAGAGAAGGGAGCUAAGAUGAAGCCUUUGGUUUGUGCUUGCUUGGCACAAGAAGCCAAAAAGAUGAUCAUAGUUGGGGUUUGUGGGAAGCCUCGACUUGGAGCAGUUAAAGGAAAUUCAUUUGGAAUUGCAUUUCGUAAUGCAGCUCAGGAGAUUUCUGCAGAGUUCUUCCAUGAGAUGUUUGAGUCUUCAUGGAUCAUCCUGGAUUCAGCUCAAGUGAAUACCUUUAUGAAAAGGCUGACUGGUAAAUUGUGAUGUAGAAUUUCCCAAAGGGAAAAUUGUCUAACUCUCCCCUUUAGCUUCUUUGAGCAAGUUUACCGUAAUGCUGUGUGUCUGUGCCAAGUUACAUAUUUGUUUAUUUUCUUUCAAUAAAUUUCACAUUUCUUCACUUGUAAAAUGUAACUUGUUACUUUCUUUCAUAUAUAAAAUGAA